AUGGCCGAAGACCCUUUCGCUUGCUUUGAUGACGACAACAGUGAAAGUCGCAACGAAGUCGCAGCAGAAACCGAAAUUGUGAAGCGAGAUCCAACUUGUGGAAUCUUGGCAUUUCAUGCAGGAACCGAACAAGCUCUUCUGAAUCAUGUGACAUCAACAGUUUCAAAGUCGAAAGCAAGUUCCGUUGACGCAGGCUUCAUUUUGGAAUCUAUUGAUGAGUUUUGUAUGCAACGGCACUGGAUGAUGCAUGUUGGGCCAAAGAAGGCUCCAAUCCUUGCGUCAUUUCUGACGCAAAUGUGCGCCGAUAUUGCAAAGAAAGAACAUAUUACGCUCGUCGAACUUGGUACCUACACUGGUUAUUCCUCCAUCAUGAUUUCAAAAGAGUUGCUUGAAAUGGGAGUGAACUUUACUAUUUACUCUGUGGAGGUAGUGGAAGGAAACGCGCAGGUAGCCCAAGCCCUUGUCAAACUGGCUGGCGUUCAGGACUCUGUCAAAAUUCUGCUUUUGGAUCCGCGGAAGGAAACUCUUUCAACAAAACUGAGAGAGGCAAUGGGUGCAGGCGCUACGAUUGACUUUUUAUUUAUCGAUCACGACAAAUCACUAUAUCUUCCUGACUUGAAACAGAUUGAAAAAGCUGGCUAUCUCAAGUGUGGAAGCUAUGUCGCAGCUGAUAAUGUUGUCUUUGCUGGUAUUGACGAUUACAGACAAUACAUUGGUGAAUUGGUGAAGAAUGGGAUUGUGGAGUCAAGGCUAGAAGAGUCCUGGUUGGAGUAUUGCGAACCUGACUUUGUGACAGACAAUUCCAAGAAUGAUCUCAUGAAAGACGGUAUUGAGCUCUCGAUUUAUUUGAAAGAUCCAUAG